CUUGAUCGAUAAUCAUCAAUAUAUUAUAAGAAUACCUUUUUCUGCUCUUUGAAAGGGCUAUUCAGAUACCGAGUUCAGGAUCGAUCGUAUUUGAUUCUGGAAAUUCGCUACUCGUAAUUUCGACAACCCGACAAUUAAUAAUGAACUAGAAAGGCUCUAGACGUCUCUUAUUUAGUUUGUUUGCAUCGAAGAUUUCUAUUAGACGAUUUUAGAUUUGCUGGGGCUAUCAUCAGUUGACAUCGACACCAUCAUCCCUACACCGGAUACAUUGAAUACAUGCAUAUCGACCAUCAACACAACAAUGUCAACAUCUUCAACAACUGAAAAUCUCUUCGCCAAGUAUACUCGCCUCUCCCCAUCCAUCUAUCUCGUCCCACCACGCACCCCAUCAGGACCAGCCCCACCAUCUACCAUAAUCCUGGCCUUCUGGUACCACGCUCCUCCACGAGCCCUAAUCAAAUUCGUCGUGCAAUAUGCCCAACUAGCACCCUCCUCCAACAUCCUCUUCCUCCUCAGCGGCCCCAAGGACUUCUACCUCUACCAUACCCUCACAUCGCACCGACGGCGGCUGAACCCUGCCAUUGAGGUGCUCUGCCAGAACAAAGAAGAGCCGGUAUUUAUACACGUCUUUUCGAAUGGCGGUAUGUUCACCAUCUCCCAUUUAUUACUCGCGUAUCGACAUGCUACAGGAAGCCCAUUGCAGGUGUCUUCCAUGCUCGUGGAUAGUGCACCGGGCAUACCUACGCCAUCGAAGACGAUUAGAUCACUGGCGUAUGCGCUUCCACAGACGCUUGUUGUGAAACAGAUUGGAUGGGGCUUGUUGUCUGUUUUUGUGUGGGCUGGUUGGGUGCUUAGGAAGUUGAUUCUCAAGAAAGAUGACCCGUUUGCGUUCACACGGAGAAUCACGCUUGACAGUGACUUUAUUGUGCCUAGAGAAGGGAGCAAGAAGGGGGUUAGGUCGGGUUAUUUGUACUCGGAUGCGGAUGAUUUGAUUCCGUGUCAAGAUGUCGAGGAGCAUGCUGCCGCGGCCGCGGAGAAGGGGAGGGAGGUUGAGUUGGUCAAGUUCAAGGGUACGCCGCAUGUUGGACAUAUGAGAGGAGACCCGGAGAGGUACUGGACUGUUGUCGAAAGGUACAUGAAUUUGGUGGAUUGAGUGUUGUUUAUCACGUAUAUGCAUUUAUAGAAGUCUGGACAGUAUCAUUUUAUAUCCUGAUUGAAGUAACAUUAAACCCAUUGUGUACCUAUUUUCCAAUAGACCUACAAUUUAAUAUAUCAUUGACA